AUGGCUUCCUCCGUGCUGGGCAAGAGACUGCGCCAUGAUGAAAAUACGCGCCCGCUCGAAUUCACCACUCCCAAAAGACCAUCCCGCUACAGAGAUGCUCUAUCUGUCAAUAAUACAAAAUCCGACUCUCAAGCCGUUCCCGUUACUCCCAGACACCGCGUGCAGGUUUCCUGCUUGGGAAAACCCUUGACACCGCGAACUCCUCGCAUGAUCGCUUCUCCGGCGACUGCUCAGACGGUCUACACCCCCGCCCGUCAGCUGUUUGCAAGGAGUGCCGCCCCAGGCCGACUUGUGGGCCGGGAGAGUGAACGGCAAGAAUUGACCUCGUUCAUUCACAAUGUGGUCCAAUCGCGCCGGGGGGGUUGUAUGUACGUAAGCGGUCCGCCUGGCACUGGCAAAUCUGCCAUGGUGGACGAGGUGUGUCAGGAUCUCAUGAUGGACGUGGAUAUGGAAAAGGAAUCUGUCAAGAUCGCCCGCAUCAAUUGUGCGAGCAUGACGAGUUCCAAGGAUAUCUAUGCGAAACUUGCAGAUGAGCUGUGCGAGGAUCUGCAGCUGUUCAGGAAGAGCCGGACGGAAUUGUUGGCGGACAUGUUCGUGCAGAAGAAACGCACGAGUUCAUCAUCUUCUACCACUAUAUCCCCCACGCUCUACCUCGUCGCGCUCGAUGAGAUCGACCACCUCCUCACCACCGACGUCGAAACCCUCUACACUCUCUUCGAAUGGUCCCUACAGCCCCAUUCGCGCCUUGUGUUGAUCGGUAUCGCCAACGCCCUCGACCUGACGGACAGGUUCCUACCCCGUCUAAAAUCCAAGAACAUGAAACCACGCCUCCUCCCAUUCUUACCCUACACGGCCUCACAGAUCGCCGACAUCAUUUCUACGCGACUCCGCUCCCUACUUCCCGGUUCGAAUACCGCUGCAAGUGCAACCACCGUUCCAGAAGAUUUCACUCCUUUUCUCCAGCCCGCCGCGAUCCAACUCUGCGCGCGGAAGGUAGCCUCCCAGACUGGUGACCUGCGCAAAGCAUUCGACAUCGUCCGCCGCACCAUCGACCUCAUCGAGCAGGAAACCAGGCAGAAACAAAAUUCCAGCUCUUGCCGGUCACCCACCAAGGCACCCCUGGUCGAGAAUGUAAACCUGGCCUCCCCUUUGAUUUCGCCGCCGGAUACCCCGUCGUCGGCUUUAUCCUCCACAGCUAGAGCUACGGCUACAGGACAUACGGCCGCCACAGCACCCAGAGCGACGGUCGCGCAUGUCGCGCGUGUGACAGCCAGUACGUUUGGGCAUGGCACGGUGCAGCGGCUGCAGGGGCUGAAUUUGCAGCAGAAGGCGGCACUUUGUGUGCUCAUUGUGCUGGGGCGGAGGAAGACGGAUUUCGAUGACGGGGAUAGGAAGAGGGGCAUGCACAAUGGUACACUGGAUACGCCGUCUUCGUCUAAAUCUCCGCGGUCAACGACGUCAUCCAUGGCUGCGGGAGCAGCAGCAGCAGCAGCAGCGCCAACUGUCAAUGAGCUGUUCGUCACGUACUCGGCACUGUGUCGCCGGGACAAGAUCCUACAGCCCCUUGCAGCAACGGAGUUUAGGGAUGUUGUUGGAAGUCUGGAGACGUUGGGUUUGGUCGGGGAGGUGCAGGCGCAGGGACGUGGGCGCGCGUCUACUUCUACUACUAGCAGAGUUGGUGGCAGGUCUAUGGGGACCAGUACACCUUCCAAGCCGAAGACACCCACCAGGAGGGCUGGUGCUGGGCCCGGAGCCGAUGAGAGAAAGCUUGUUUGUUUUGUUGGUGAGGGGGAGGUUGAGAAGCUUAUUUGUGGAGAAGGGGAGGCGAUUCUUAGGGGCUUGUUCCGGGCGGAGGCUUAG